UUAAAUUACCAAGCUAUAGAGAAGAUAAAAGAAAAGUAGAAGUGGCUUCUAGUUGUUUAGAUCACAUUCAAAAGACUAAACUUGAGGAAAGCUCACAACCCAACAGAUGGAAUACCCUUUUGGUCACAACCACCGUCACACUCACCACAAUAGAAAUGAUGAUCGGGAAAACGAAGAAAGGCAACCACCAUGUCAUCACCACAACGAAUUUGUUCCACCAUCACAACCACCGCAGCAUCAACACAAUGAAUUUGCUUCACCACCACACUACCAACCAACUAGCUUUGAUGGGCCAUCACCACCACCACCAUCCCCAUACUUCCAGCAACCUGGCUUUGCAGCACCCCCACCUGCCCAGCCACCAUCUUACCACCAACAAACUGUAUAUCCACCACCGCCAAGCCAUGUUACCCAUCUGCACCAUAGUGGUGGUACCCAGCAGCCUGACUAUAGUUCAUCCAACUACUCACCACCAGCAGCACAUGUGACACAUGUUGCACAUGAAACUAGCCAUCAAAGGGUUGAUCAUCAAAUUGAAGGUCAUCAUUCUUUCAGGCCCCACUUACCAUCUAUCCCUCACGAUCACUCUCAUUCUGCUUCUCUUUCUGAGCUCUCCAAGAAACCUACUGUUAAAGUCUACUGCAAAGCUAAUCCUGGCUUUCAUCUUACCAUAAGAGAUGGCAAGGUCAUUCUUGCCCCAUCCGAUCCCUCUGAUGAGUUCCAGCACUGGUACAAAGAUGAGAAGUACAGCACCAGAGCGAAAGAUGAGGUGGGUUUCCCCAGCUUUGCUCUGGUUAAUAAGGUCACUGGUCAAGCCAUUAAGCAUUCCGUUGGAGCUACUCAUCCUGUGCAACUGACACCUUACAAGUCAGAUCAGCUUGAUGAGUCCAUACUAUGGAGUGAGAGCACGGACUUGGGUGAUGGUUAUAGAGCUGUAAGAAUGAUUAAUAACAUUCGCCUGAAUGUGGAUGCUUUCAAUGGUGAUAAGAAAUCUGGUGGAGUCCAUGAUGGUACUACUAUUGUUCUGUGGCAAUGGAACAAGGGAGAUAACCAGCGAUGGAAGAUUGUACCAUAUUAACUGGUGAUAAAUGCAGGAUGCUUGUGAUAUGGUGCUGCCAGUUCUAGAAGCUGUACCACGCCUGCUGAUGUAUAGCUUGGAAGGAUCCCUAUGCGUUCUCUUCUUGAGAGUUUGUCUGUUUUCAUUCCAUGUGUGUGAAAAUCUUGAUACUACUUAAACUAUGGCUGCUACUUUAUAUUUUCAGACUUGAUAUGUAUACAUAUCGUCAUCUGUGAUCACAUACUAGUGUGUGGAAAAGCAAUAACAAACAUCUGCUGCGUAGUUUGUGUGAAUGCCUGCAGAAUUUGCCUAUACAUAUUUCAGAUUGCAGUUUCUCCAA